GCCUUGAACGCAUUCUUCGCGUGAAUGCUCCGUGCUUCGCGAGCCGAACGACACCGCGCGUGUUACAGUGCCCUCCGACCGUUGACCGCUGACCCCCAGUGCAGUGUAGUGAGUGAUACUUGUGAUACUGAGUGACCGUAACACAGAUACGAAGCGUCCAGGCGGGCACGAGCGGAGCGGUGCGCGCGGUAGGGCGGGGGGCAUGGGGCGCGCGCGGCGGCCGGGAUGGCGGUGAGCUGCCCCGAGGUGAUGUACGGAGCCUACUACCCCUACCUGUACGGCCGCGGCGCCGCCAGAUCCUUCCACCACGCGCCGCACUUUCAGUACGAUCGGUUGAACGUGCAAAGCGCGAGCAAUGAGUACAGCGCGGUGGGCGGCGCGGCGCUCAGCUCGGGCUCGGCAUCGUCCGGCGCGCAGUCGCCCGGCUCCCCGCCGCACGCGCACGGGUUGCCGCAUCAUGCGCAUGGGGUCCCGCACCAUGCACAUCAUGCGCACGCGCACGCACCCCACCACUCGCCCCGGUUGCGGACCAAGGAGGAGGACCUGUCCGCGCAUGGACGGACCAGUGCUGAUGGCGGCGGCUCGUCCGAGUCGGAGGGCGAGUGCGGCGCGGGCGGGCGGGCGCGCGCGCAGUACGUCAGCGCGAACUGCGUCGUGUUCACGCACUACUCGGGCGACGUGGCCGCCGUUGUGGACGAGCACUUCGCCAGGGCGCUGUCCAUUGACAAGCCGAAGGAGGCGGUCCCGAUGGCAUCCCGCAACCUGCCGGCAUCUUUCUUCAACGCAGCCGCGUCAGGACCCUCGUGUGCCGGACUCGACCUCUACGACUAUGACCCUUGGCAUCAGCAUUAUGCUGGGUACGGGCACGCGGCGCACAGACACGCGGCGGAGUACCACGCGGCGGCCGCGCACCACAACAUGGCGGCGGCGGGCUACGGCGGCCUGCUGCUGGGCCGCGGCUCGCUGUCGCAGUACAAGCCCGUGGAGUGGGGCCACGCGCACCACGCGCAGCUCGACCCCGCCGCCUGCUCGCCCUACUCCUACCCGCCGCCAGGUCUUGAAGCACAAGUGCAGGACACGUCUAAAGACCUAUAUUGGUUCUAAACACGUGCGACUGGUGACUGGCUGCGACUCGCUGCGACUGCGACGCGUCGCGGACGGAAACUCUUAAGGCUGUAAAAAGACAUUAGUUUUAGGUCUAGUGAUUUAGGCGUUAAACUGUGAUCUCUCAUUUGAGAUUUUUUUUCUUUUUUUUAUAAAUUUGCUGAAUUUAUAAAGAUAAUGAAAUAUUGGGUAUACAUUCAUUUGUUUUUACUACGUAGGUAGUAGGUAGGUAGAUAUUGAUUGAAAAGAUUAGAGAAAAAAAAAAGUAAUCUGAGAAUGGAGUUUUCUGAAAUUGCGAAAUAAUA